CUCCGAUUCGUGGCUCAAAAUCUGAAAUCCAUUACCCCACCGGCGACACCCCAUUCUAGCCGCCUACCGACCGACGACUGCGAAUGAAGUGAUACAGGGAGGGGUAUCGCAGCCAUGGGGAAUGCAAGCACAAAGGAAUCGCGUGGCGGUGAUGCCAGCCACCACCACCCCCAUUCCGGCUCCGCGGUCGCGCGUGAGGCCGGCAGUGGAAUUUUACAACAUGAUAGAACGUCCGGCCGGAGAAGCCGAGUCAGUCGGGGGGAUCUAGGAGGCAUUCUGGGAUUGGGAUCUGGGGGAAGCUCAGGCUCGCAGCCAGAACCGCCGUACGAGCGCCGCGAGACUAAGCAAGAGAGAGAGGCACGGAGGCUGGAGAGGGAACGGAUUGCGAGGAUCGCCGAGAGAGAACGAAGCAUGAAGGAAGAACAUGUCGAUGGCGGCUUCCUUGUCACCAUGGGAACCUACACUGGGCCCGAAGACUUCAACAAACAGAUUGUUCGACAGCUCCAAAUUGAGCGGAAGCUGGCUCCAUUUUGGCGAGGUCUCAACGACUUCAGCGACCAGUGGACCGAGCCCCAAAUCAUUGCCGCCGCCCGGGGCCUACCUAUACCCCCUGCCGACCAGACGCCCCCCGAAGAGCUCAUCCCGCGGCCCCUUCCGGCGAGUUCACGCGGGGAACCGUCUCGGAAUCUAGACAGUCUCACAGUACCGAUCGGUGAACGCUCCCAGUCAACCGCUUCUGAUCAGGCGGCAUCCAACCCCUCCUCUGCCCUCCCAUCGCCCGUCUCCGCGCAACAUCCGAAAGUACUGAGCUCCUCCUUUAAGCCACGCGGGAAGGCUAUCGCUGCCGUUUUGGGUGGGAACUCGCGAAACAGUUCCACAACCGAGAUCGUCCCGCACGAGGUUCAUCUGCCGCAUGAUCCCUUCGUGAACGGGCAACCCCUCGAGGUAUUUUUGUACAAGGAACCCAUCGAGUGCCCCAUCUGCUUCUUGACUUACCCGCCGUAUCUGAACCACACACGGUGUUGCGACCAACCUAUCUGCAGCGAGUGCUUCGUCCAGAUCAAGCGGCCAGACCCGCAUUUCCCGGAGGGCCACAACGAGAACGACCCCAACCAUAACCCGGAGGAGGCUGCGGGCCUUUUGAUCUCGGAGCCUGCCUGCUGCCCAUACUGCACGCAGCCCGAAUUCGGCGUCACCUACGAACCGCCACCCUUCCGUCGGGGUCUGGUGUACACCAUAUCCCCCACGGCACUAGGGACUGCGAAUGCUGCGAUGUCCUCGAGCAGCUCAGUGAACUCAGCAACCCUGUCCCCGGGAGUUGCAUCUCCUGGUGGUGGUACUGGCCGCCGGCGAAACCAGUCUCUGUCCGCUAGCAACCCAAAUGUUAUUUUGACCGACAAAAUCCGGCCGGAGUGGGCAACAAAGCUGCAGGCAGCGCGGGCUCAUCAGGCAAGGAGAGCUGCCGCUGCUACUGCCUUGCAUACGGCGGCAUUCCUUAUGGGUAACGAGAGUCGGGGGGUGCGCAGCCGGUUCGGGCGGCGAAACACCAGCGGAUCCGGAUCUGCAGACCCUUCUCCUGGCGGAGCCAGAAAUGGAGACGGCGAUAACGGAGACAGUGGCUCCGGAACUCCUCAGAGUGGCCCUGAUCAGAACUUGCGAGCGGGAUCUGGUGGUGGUGGAAGCCGACGCAACCGUCUUGAGGAUCUCGAGGAGAUGAUGUUUGCCGAGGCUGUUCGCCUCUCGCUUGCCGCUGAGGAAGAGCGUAAGCGUAAGGCGGAGAAAGAGGAACGGAAGGAGGCGAAGAAGCGAGAAAAGGAGGCUCGAAAGGCGGCCAAGGCGGCUGCGAAACAUGGGACUCCCUACGAAAAUGCCAGCGGUCGCAGUGGCCAGAGCUCGGCGAGCGCGAGUACUUUGAGCCUACCUAGCCUAGGCUUCGGAAGGAAGCGAGGUAAUAGUGCUGCUAGCAACCUCCGCAUUGAAGCGAGCGUUGCCAGCGCCAUGGCCACGGGCGACUCGCAGGGUCUAGAAGCGAACUCUAAGGACAAAGGGAAGGGGGUCGGCCGCGCGGUCCCUAUGCAUGCCGAGGGUGCUCCUACCAUCGCUGCCGAUUCAGCCAUCCCGGGGAGCUCGGCCACCACUUCGGGUCCGCGCCCGGUUCCUCAUCUCCCAGCCGGGCCGUCUCAUCUCCGGCAAAUGAGCAGUGCCUCCUCAGUCUCGUCUUCGAUUCUUGACAGCCGGUCCGGCAGCUACACUUCACCUUCCCACCUCCAAGACCCGCGCGGCAGCGGCCUCAGUCUUGGAAGCCCGUCUGGAGCUAGCGAAGACGGUGGGGAUCAAGACCGCGAUCGGGACCCAAGCGCCACCACGGAGCCGAUGUUCAACUUCAGGAGUCUUGCAGAGGUGGUAGGCGUUAGCCUUGAAGGUGAAAACGCUGGUAGACGCAUCAGCCAGCUUCAGCCCGAGGCUGAGACCCAUGAGGCCACCAAUUCUCAAUCCCCCGAGACCGUCGGUUCCGAAGGGAUUGGCGCGUCCCAACCCGGCAAGGCUUUUAGGACGGAGCCCGCAAAAGAGGUAUCAGCAAAUGGUCUCUUACACGACACCGCGACCGACAUCAACGCCGGCGAUCAUCCUACGGAGGGUAGGCGAGUUGACGAACAAAAUGCCGCACCCGCCACCUCGGGCGCGCCGCGACUUCCAGAACUUACGAUCACGCCAGACACAACUACUUCUAUCGGCAUUGACGAUGAUUCUAAGGCACUCACGCAUGCGACGACCGUGGAGCAUGCACAGCAGGCCACGCGGUAGCGACGGGACGGCGCGGGUCAGUGUACUUCAAGUUGUCUAAGGGGAGCCGCGUGAUGACGGGCACUUUCAGUAUGGGAACACGGAUGGCGUGGAACUGAUUGUGGGAUUGCAUUGGUUUCGCAAACUUGGGUCUGUGUAAACCCCCUUGGCCCCUGUCCUUUCUUCUUCCCUUCACUCGGUUCCGACUCGACCAACCUAUGUCAGCACUCUAUUUGUUUGCCUUCAUUGAGCUCCUC